CCCGUGGCUGGUUCUAGCGGUGGUGAACAUCCCGUGUAUACCGCCCCUUGUGCUCUGCUUGUCAGCCGGGUUGCAGCCAUGGCGGAUGAGAUCAGUAAGGCUCAGUGUGCCAAACCAGGGGGAGACACCAUCUUCGGCAAAAUCAUCCGAAAAGAGAUUCCUGCCAAUAUUUUUUAUGAGGAUGAGCAAUGUAUCGCUUUCAAUGAUAUCUCUCCACAAGCUCCGGUACAUUUCCUAGUGGUGCCUAAGAAGGCUAUUAGACGUUUAUCUGAAGCGGAUCCUGCUGAUGAAGCUCUACUAGGACAUCUGAUGAUUGUUGGCAAGAAAUGUGCUGCUGAUCUGGGCUUGACAAAUGGCUUCCGGCUGGUCGUCAAUGAGGGACCAGAUGGUGGCCAGUCUGUGUACCACGUUCACCUGCAUGUUAUUGGCGGGCGUCAGCUGGGCUGGCCUCCAGGCUAAUGGCCCGCAAUGCACUAGAU